AUGUCAAAAGACAGAAUACUGAUUUUGGGAGGCUGUGGCUUUAUUGGUCGUCAUCUGGUCAAGUAUUUGGUGGACAACGAUCUUGCAUCGGCCGUAAGAGUAGUCGACAAAGUGCCACCCCAAAUUGCUUGGCUCAACGAAGACCACAAGGCGGCGUUCGAAUCUCCCAUAGUAGAAUUUCUCAGUGCCAAUUUGAUAAAUCAAAGUUCUUGCGAGAAUGUUUUUGAAGGUAUUUUUGAUUAUGCCAUCAAUUGUGCCGGAGAAACUCGUGUUGACUUACCAGACGCUAUCUAUGAAGAGGGAGUCUAUAAACUUGGCAUGAACUGUGCUCGUGCUGCUGCCAAGUUUGGUAUUAAACGUUAUGUCGAAGUGUCAUCAGGUCAGUUGACUGCCAACCACAAAGGACCAAUUAAAGAAGAUGAUAAAGUAAUACCCCUCACAUCCAUUGCAAAGUACAAAUAUGAAGUAGAAAAACAAAUGAAAACUAUUCCGAAUUUAAAUUUUACGAUUGUCCGGCCCGCUAUUGUGUACGGCAUAGGUGACAGAACUGGGCUCACACCAACUAUUGCGAUUGGUUCUUUGUAUCGUGGACUGGAAGAGCCUGUUCGAAUACUCUGGAAAGGAAGUACGUCUUGUAAUACAAUACAUGUUGAAGACAUUUGUAGGGCUGUAUGGCAUUUGUUAAAAUCACCAGACGCUGUAGGGGAAACUUAUAAUUUAGUGGACAGUGGUCAGACCACACAAGAUAUGAUAGCUGAAAUUGUGUCCUCAUUGUUUGGAGUUAAACACGAGUUUCUGGGCUCGGUUCUAUCAUCUUUAUGUAGAAAUGAUCUUGAUGUUAUUGCUUCCGAAGCGAAUGACAAACAUUCAGUGCCGUGGGCCGAAGCAUGUUCAAAGUCUGAUGUUCAUAACACUCCAUUAUCUCCAUUUAUUCAUAAAGAUCACUUGAACGGUUAUCGUAUUCGAAUGGAUGGCAGUAAAUUUAUGAAUAAUUCUGGUUUCACAUUAAAACAUCCAAUGAUCACAGUUGAACUACUGAAACAGGUUGUCGAUGACUACAUUAAAAUGAAUCUUUUUCCUAAAUCAUUGCUAGAUUAA